UAACCUCAGAUGUCCAUUAGAUGUCCAUUGUGCAAUGAAAGGACUACAUGUGGUUGAUCAAUACAGCAGUAAUUUGGGUGAGGUCUAAAACACAUGGCUGUUCAUUCUUCAGUCUCACUCAGGAUUCCAACAGGACGGAGGAGCAGCGACAGAUGGAGGCUUCAAAGGAUGCCAUGUCAGACCUGGAGAGCAGUAUGGCCACUAUUGUUCAAGUUUUCCAUAAAUACUCCGGUCAUAAGUGUAAACUGAAGAAAACAGAGCUUAAAGCGCUCAUCAACAAUGAGAUGAACCAUUUCAUUAUGAAAAUCCACGAGAACGAGACUCUGGAUCAGCUGUUUGCUGAUCUCGACCAGAACGGAGACCUGGAGAUCGACUUUCAGGAGUUUGUUACCCUGAUCGCCAUGGUCACCUCGGCGUGCCAUGAGUUCUUCACCCUGAGCUUCCAUGAUCAAAUUAAUUAA